AUGUCGUCCUCGACGUCUGAUGCGGUCAUUACGAACACGGUGACGACCGAGGAUAGUUUGGGGGUCUCCGACGUGACCGAAGGGUUCACACUUGAAGAUGACAACGAGGUUUUCGUAGGUGAACUGAAUCAAUCGUUGCUUGAAGAAUUUGACGAAGAAACAACAAGAAGUUAUGAUUAUGUUGGCGGUGAUGCCGAUAGGAUGGUUGUAUGGUCUUGGUUUCCAAUUCGCUGGACAUGGGUUGUGAUCUCAGAACUAGUUGUUGGGGUCGUCGGCGUCAUCGGAAACUUCUUUGUAAUCAUCGUUCUCUUUCAGCGUCGUGCUAAUAGCCGAUCUACCGAUACCCUCAUAGGCGCACUCGCUGCGGCCGAUCUCUUUACUUCAAUUGCGUUGCUCCCUGUAAGGUCCGCCAAGACUGUCCCAUCCACUUGGCUUGGACAGAUCUAUUGUAGAGUGAUCUGGCAGGCCCUUUACAUGUGGAUUUGGGCCAUCAUGUCAGGAUUUCUGCUGACUGCUAUCUCUGUUGAGCGUUACAUCGCGGUCACUCACCCGAUCUACUUCAACAGGAUCUUGACCAGACGGCGAGUAUCUGUUGUAGUUGUCAUUUUGUGGAUCUGCGCAGUGAUAGCCACUGUCCCUUCUUUCUUUGUUAUCGAAGUAGACAAUGUCCGUCAUCGAUGCACCGUGGCUAAAAGUUUACGGUCACCUGCGAUUCAGACAGCUUACGGUGUCUACGUUACAUCCAUUCAGCUGUUCAUACCAGCAACCAUCAUGGCCAUUACUCAAACCCUAAUCGCCAUCAAGCUCAAGAACCAGUCAAAGCGAUUUGAAGGUUCUAAAUCGUAUCAUCUCGCCGCUAGUAGAGCCGUCAUCAAAAUGAUGCUCGUCGUCAUCAUCGCAUACGUGGCCUGCUGGACGCCGAAUCGAUUGCUCUUCUUGCUAACUAGGCUUCUCCGUAUUCGUACCGAGGUGAAAAGUCAGAUUUCCGAGGCCUUUUUCAUCCUUGCUGCUGUCAACUCCAGCAUCAACCCAGUCAUCUAUAGCAUCCGUUACGAGGAGUUCCGCAAGGCUGUCAAGGGAUUGUUCACCGGGCAGAAAGGUCAAAGCAAGGCGAUGUUUGAAACUAGUGACAAAACUAAAUCUAAGGAUAAGGUUACUGCCUAAAACCGAUGCAACAAAUCACUUUGCACUUGAAACAUGAUAAUUUGAAGGUAAAAAAAUGCAAAUGCGGUUCCCUUGGGUAUACUUCAAAUACACCCCGACCCGUCGAAAUGCACCUGGACCUCUUUGAAAAUUCUAACUUGUAGUAGUCAAGUUUUACCCUCGAAGUGUACCAGU